GACAGUUAUAUAUAUUGCGCUUUUUUUUUUUUCUCAUAUUAAAAGACAGAGAGAGAAAAAAGUGGAAAAAGGUGAAAAAAAAAAGCGUAGAAAGAGAAGACGUUGGUGUGUAUCAUCAUCAUCAUCAUCCAUACACAUAUAUUUGAAAAACCCAGGAGUUAUUCAGGAUUUAAUGGCCGCCGCAACGUCGUUGUCGAUAUUCAUUGUUAAGUCGUAAAUUAAAAAAUAAUAUAACAUUAAUUAAUAAUAACAGUGAGAGUGAAUCGAUUAGUUGAAUCAAGUAAUAUUGGAUCCAAAGUAUCCACAAACAGCUAUCAUCAGUCAAGAUUGAUUAAGGAUGGAGGAGGAGACUGAAUUUACAAAAUUACCAGUUGAAGAUCGCUGUGUACACAAGUCAUGGAAAGCUCGAGUUCAUGGCUAUGAGGAAUGUACAAAAAAAUUUAGCUGUAUUGAUGAUGAAAAAUCACCAGAAUGGAAUAAAUUUUUGGGUUUAAUUAAAAAAUUUGUUGUUGAUAGUAAUGUUGCUGCUCAAGAAAAAGGUCUUGAGGCUGCAUUGGCAUAUGUUGAAAAUGCAGCAUGUGCUGGAAAAACAGUUGGUGAUGUUAUGAAUGGAAUUGUUAAUAAAUGUGUUGCAGCAACAAAAAUAAAAACAAAAAAUAAUGCAAUACAAUUAAUAUUAAUGUAUAUUGAAAUUGAAAAACAUGAAGCUGUACUUGAAGAGCUAUUAAAAGGUACAGAAGCUAAAAAUCCAAAAAUUGUAUCAGCGUGUAUAAAUACGUUGACAUUGAGUUUACGUGAAUUUGGACCUAAAAUUAUAAAUCCAAAACCAUUGAUUAAAAAAUUACCUGCUUUUCUUGAGGAUCGUGAUAAGUGUGUACGUGAAGAGGGUAAAGCCAUGAUUAUUGAAAUAUAUCGUUGGAUUGGUGCACCAAUAAAACAACAAUUAAAUACACUUAAACCAGUACAAUUAACAGAAUUAGAAGCUGAAUUUUCAAAAUUAGGAAAUGAACGUGCAACUCCAAAUCGUUAUUUACGAUCACAAAAACCUAAAAAUACAGUUGUAUUAGAAACUGGUGGUGGUGGUUCUGGUGAUGUUGAUGAUGAAGAUGAUGAAAUUGAUACAGCUGCUAAUGAUAUUGAUCCAUAUGAUCUUAUUGAUCCUGUUGAUAUAUUAUCAAAACUUCCAAAAGAUUUUUAUGAUAAAUUAGAAGCUAAAAAAUGGCAAGAACGUAAAGAAGCCAUGGAAGUACUUGAAAAUUUAACUAAAAAUCCAAAAUUAGAAAGUGGAGAUUAUGGUGAGCUUGUACGUGCUUUAAAAAAAAUCAUAAGUAAAGAUUCAAAUGUUGUAGUUGUUGGUUUAGCUGGUAAAUGUCUUGCUGGUUUAGCAAAUGGUUUAAAAAAAAAAUUUUUACCAUAUGCUGGUGUUUGUUUAACAGCUGUACUUGAAAAAUUUAAAGAAAAAAAACCAAAUAUUGUUGCUGUAUUUCGUGAAGCUGUUGAUGCAAUUUUUCAAUCACAAACAAUUGAUGUUAUUUUGGAGGAUGUUAUAGCAGCAUUAGAAAAUAAAAAUCCAUCAGUUAAAGCAGAAACAGCAGCAUUUAUAUCAAGAUGUUUUGCUAAAACUCAACCAGCUGUUUUAAAUAAAAAAUUAUUAAAAGCAUAUAGUACAGCAUUAUUAAAAACAUUAAAUGAAGCUGAACCAACUGUACGUGAUAAUUCAGCUGAAGCAUUAGGUACAGCAAUGAAACUUGUUGGUGAAAAAUCAAUGAUGCCAUUUUUAACUGAUUUAGAUCCUUUAAAAAUGGCAAAAAUACAAGAAUGUGCUGAAAAAGCUGUUAUAUUAGUUAAAACAAGUGUUGCAAAAAAAGUUGAACGUCCAACAACAGCACCAGCUAAAGUUGAAGCACCUAAAACAGUAAUUGGUGGUGUUAAAAAAGUUCAAAGACCAACAACAACCACAACAACAAAAAAACCAGUAACAAAAAAAUCAUCUGGUGUUGCUACAGCUGCUUCAAAAAAACCACAAGCACCAAAAAUUCAAAUGGAACGUGAUUUAUCAAGUGAAUCUGUUGAUGAAAUUGCUGCUGAGACAUUUUCAAGUGAAAUUUUAUCUGGUUUAGGUGAUGCAAAUUGGAAAACAAGACUUCAAUCUGUUGAACAACUUACUGAUGCUAUUAAAACAAUGGAAUCAUCUGAUGUAUCACCACAAGUUAUUGUUAGAACAAUUGGUAAAAAACCUGGUUUUAAAGAUACAAAUUUUCAAGUAUUAAAACUUCGUCUUGAAGUUGUUAAAAUGUUAGCUGAAAAUUAUCCAUUUUCAUUGACAACAUCAAGCUAUUGUAUAAUGGAUAUUACUGAAAAAUUAGCUGAUACUAAAAAUGGUACAUUAGCUGCUGAUACAUUAUUAUCAAUUGCUGAAGCAACUGGUUUUGAUCAUGUUAUUAAUGAAACAGUUAAUUUUGCAUUUAAUCAAAAAAAUCCAAAAGUACAAAUUGAAACAUUAUUAUGGCUAUCAAAUGCAAUUAUUGAAUUUGGAUGUCCAACAAAUGUCAAAGGUUUAAUUGAAAAUGUUAAAAAAGCAACAACAGCAACAAAUCCAUCUGUACGUUCAUCAGCAAUAACAAUGAUUGGUGCAUUAUAUGUUUAUGUUGGUAAACCAUUAUUAAUGUUUUUUGAAAAUGAAAAACCAGCAUUAAAACAACAAAUUGAACAAGAAUGUGAUAAAAGAAAUGAUGAACCACAACCAGUACCAACAAGAGGACCAAAAUCAAAAGAACAAAAUAUAAAAAAUUCCAACAAUAAUAAUAAUAAUAAUGAUGAUGAUACUGAAAAUGAUGAAGAAGUUAUUGAAAAAAUUGAUAUUAAUGAUAUAAUACCAAGAGUUGAUAUUAGUGGACAAAUAACAGAGUCAUUACUUGCUGAAUUAAAUGAUAAAAAUUGGAAAAUAAGAAAUGAAGGAUUACAAAAAAUAAGUACCAUUUUAACAGAGACAAAAUUUAUAAAAGGUAAUAUUGGUGAAUUACCAAGAGCAUUAUCACCAAGAUUAACUGAUAGUAAUACUAAAAUAGCACAAUCAGCAUUGGGUAUUUGUGAGGGAUUAGCAACAGCAAUGGGUCCACCAAUAAAACAACAUAUUAGAGUAUUAUUUCCUGGUUUUGUACAGUGUCUUGGUGAUUCAAAAAAUUGGAUAAGAGCAGCAGCAAUAUCAUGUAUGAAUACAUGGGGUGAUCAAUGUGGUUAUAAAGAAUUUUUUGAUGGUGAAAUGAUUGGUGAUGCAUUAAAAUCUGGUUCACCAGCAUUAAGAGCUGAAUUAUGGAAUUGGUUAUCACAAAAAUUACCUGGUAUAACUGUUAAAUCAAUUCCAAAAGAAGAAUUAGUUAUUUGUUUACCACAUUUAUAUAGUAAUCUUGAAGAUCGUAAUUCAGAUGUACGUAAAUAUGCACAAGAAGCAGCAAUUGGUUUUAUGACACAUUUAUCAUAUGAAUUUAUGGUUAGACAAACUGAAAAAUUAAAACCAGGAUCAAAAACUGUUGUUAUUGCUGGACUUGAUAAAGCAAGACCAAGUGUACCAAUAAAACCAAUACCAUCCAAAAAAAAUGCACCAAUUGAGGAUAAUUCAAAAACAAUUAAAACUGCUGGAGCAAUGAAAGCAUCAAAAUCAGUUGUUAAAACUAAAGGUACAACAUCAAAACCAACUAGUGCAAGAAAAAAAGAUGAUGAUGUUGAUACAAGUCCAUUAUUGGCUAUUAAUAAUCUUAAACAUCAACGUGUUAUUGAUGAACAAAAAUUAAAAGUACUUAAAUGGAAUUUUACAACACCACGUGAAGAAUUUGUUGAAUUAUUAAAAGAAUUAAUGAGUUCUGCUGGUGUUAAUAAAAGUCUUAUUGCAAAUAUGUUUCAUUCAGAUUUUCGAUAUCAUUUAAAAGCCAUUGAAUCACUUACUGAAGAUAUACCAAAUAAUAGUAAAGCAUUAGUAUCAAAUUUGGAUUUAAUAUUAAAAUGGUUAACACUUAGAUUUUUUGAUACAAAUCCAUCAGUAUUAUUAAAAGGUUUAGAUUAUUUACAAACAGUAUUUAAUCUUUUAAUUCAAGAUAAUUAUCAUAUGAUGGAAAAUGAAGCAGCAUGUUUUAUUCCAUAUCUUAUUCUUAAAAUUGGUGAUCCAAAAGAUGCUGUUAGAAAUGGUGUACGUGCAUUAUUUAAACAAAUUGCAUCUGUUUAUCCUGUAUCAAAGCUAUUUACUUAUGUUAUGGAAGGUCUUAAAUCUAAAAAUGCACGUCAAAGAACAGAGUGUCUAGAUCAACUUGGUUCAUUAAUUGAAAAUUAUGGUGUAUCUGUAUGUCAACCAACACCAUCAGCAGCAUUAAGAGAAAUUGCUAAACAAAUUGCUGAUAGAGAUAAUUCAGUUAGAAAUGCUGCACUUAAUUGUAUUGUACAAGCAUAUUAUUUAGAAGGAGAAAAAGUCUAUAAACUUGUUGGUAAUAUUUCAGAAAAAGAUUUGUCAUUGCUAGAAGAAAGAAUUAAAAGAGCUGGUAAAAAUCGUCCUAUUAAAUCAGCAUCAAAUUCAAGAAUUUCUGCAGCACCUGUUACUGUUAUUGCUCCACCAGUUGAAGAUGAUAAUGAUGAUAAUGGUGGUGCUGAUGAUGAUGAUGACGUUGUUGCUGAUGACAACAAUGAGGAUGAUGAUCAUAUUGUUGAAGAACCAAUUGACAUUCCAACAGAAAGAAAUGUUAUCAAACGUUUAGUUGAUAAUAAAAAUUUGAAAAAUAUCAAAUUAUCAUCUGAUGUGCAGUCUGCUGAUCAACAAGUCAUCAACGAAAUUGAUGAAGCUAAAACAAUAAAAACACCACCAAAACCAAAAAUAUCUGGACCAUUUGGAUUGGAUAUGGAUUUUUUAAAACAAUUAGAAGAAAAUGCACCAGCUCGUUAUAAAAUGCCAAAAUUAACAGACAUUAAUUGGGAUCCAAAUGAAACAGUUAAUACAAUAAAUGUACCACAAAAAAAUAUAAUUCCAAUAUCACAUACAAGAUUAAAUACAAAUCGUGUUGUAUCACCAAUAUCAUCACCAUCACCAACACCAACAAAUAAAGAUGAUAAUUUAGAACGUACAAUAAUUGCAAUGGCAAGUCCAGAACUUCAUGUUGCAAUACAAGCAAUGAAUAAUAUGGAAACAUUUUUAAAAUCUCAAACAUCACAAGUAUCAUUGAUACAAUUAAAAGAAGAUAAAUUUAUGAAUGCAAUUAAUAUGCAAUUACAAUUAUUACAAACAUAUCCACAAAAUCCAGAAAGUCCAUAUAUUGCAAAAGGUUUUAGAUCAGUAUUUAUGGUUACACUUGCAUUUUAUGAAAGUGGUAUAUUGGGUAAAAAUGUAUCAAUGCCACAAUUAAAAGAGCUUGUACAUCAAAUGUUAAUAUUAUUAGCUGAAAAUAAAUUAUGUCAUUUUAGUCAAGCUGAUGCAUAUUCACGUGUUGUUAAUAGUAUUACUGUUAAAACAAUUGAUCAUUCAAAUCAUACAACAAUAAUGUGUGUAUUAAUUAAAUUACUUCAUGAUUGUGCUGAAAAAAAAUAUGCACCAAAAUAUGAAGAAUUAGCUAUGAAAUGUUUAUGGAAAAUUGUUAAAACAAUGACAAAUUGGUCAGAUGAUUUAGAUUAUGAUACAAUAUUAUUUGAGGUACAUCAAUUUUUUAAAGAUUAUCCAACAUCAUGGUGGAAAAAAAGAAGUACUGAUAUGCCAUUAAGAACAAUUAAAACAGUUUUACAUAGUAUGACUAAAGUUAAAGGUUCAUCAAUAUUACAUCAUUUAACUAAAAUUAAUAAUACACAAGAAUCGGAAUUAAGACAUUAUUUAAAUCGUCUUGUUGAAACAAUUAAACCAGAUGAUAAUAAUACUGGUAGUAGAACAAUAACAAAACAAAAACAUAUAUCAAAAGUUAUUUAUUCACAAUUAUCUGAAAUAUUUAGUAAAAUUGGAUCUAAAAAUCUUGUACAAGAAGGACUACAACAAUUAUAUGAUUUUAAAAUUCAACAUCCAGAAGCUGAUUUACAACCAUUUCUUGUACAAUCACAUCAUUUAUUUCAAAAUUUUAUUGAACAAGGACUCAAGGAUAUUGAUCAAGCAAGAAAAAAUCAAACACAACAAAUUAAUAAACAAUUAACAAUUGAUACAAAUAAUACAGUUGCACCACUUUCAGCAGCUCAUGAAGAAAGAACCAUGAUGAAUCCAUUAGAGAGGCUAGAAAAAUUAAGAGCACUUGAAGCCAAGUUUCAUGCCAAUACACCCAGUCAUUCAAAUCCCACGUGAAUUUAAACAUAGUAAUUAAUAUAAAUUACCUUUUUAUUUUACUUUUUUUAAAUCUUUGAAAACAUGUAACUCAAGAUUAUCUUGUAAUUUAACGUAUUUAUAAUGAUUAUUAUUUUGUACAACAUCAAGAUUAUGAACUUAUGGAUAUUUAUCAUGGUAAAAUCUUGAUUAAUGAUUAUUAUAUUAAAUAGUUUAUAAUAAUGUAUAGCUAAGAAAACCCAGUUAAGAACAAAAAAAAAAAAAAACAAACAAACAAACAAUACUAUUUAAUAAUUCAUUCAAUAUAUAUAUGUUUCUGUGAAUUCACUAUUUAUGCAGACACUAGGUUGAAAAAAUAGUUUAUAAAAUUAUAUAUUAAAAAAAAAAGUUUGUCAGUAUGUUGACUGAUUUUAUUUUGCAUGUAUUAAUUCUUUACAAAUGUUAUGAUUAGAUUAAUUUUCUUUUUUUUUUUUUCAUUUUUUAAACUGACAAUAUUAUUAUUUUUUAAAUUAGUAAACAAGCAGAACAAGAAAAAAAAUCAUCUAUGUUUUCAAUCAAAAAAAAAAAACAAAUGAAUAACGUAUUUUUUUUUAAUUAAAAUUUUUUUUAAAAAUAGAUAAUUGUUGAGGAAAGCUGGACUUAAUUAAUUAACGCCGUUGCGUAUAAGUUUGAUUAGUUUUAUUAUCAAUUGAAUUCAGAAUGAUAAUUAAUAUUACAAUUAAUAAAAAACAAAAACAAUAUGUAUACACAUUUUAUUCGACCAAAAAAAGAAAUA